GGAGACCAGCUGUCUCAGUUGCCUGGGAGCAGGGGAGCAAUGUUGUGCUCGCUUCCUGUUCAGGCAUGAUCACAUAGCCACGUUUCCUGCUCUGCCCUCCUUCCUGUGGACUCUGCCUCCUCACUGCAGAGAUGCCCUGGCAAGUCCAGGGUCCUGGAGCCAGGAAGAAAGAAACAUGGAUUCCAGGGAGCUUGCUUUAGCUUCCUUGAUACCUGACACCAGUGGCCCUGGGGAGCUAUCUGUGGGUCACCAGCAGAGGAAGACAAAGAACUGGUCCUUCUCGCUCGUGGUGGCCGCUCUCGUAGGAGCCUUCGGAUCCUCCUUCCUGUAUGGGUACAAUCUCUCCGUGGUGAACGCGCCCACGCCGUAUAUCAAGGCCUUUUACAAUGAAACCUGGUACAGGAGACAUGGACAUCCCAUAGACCCGGAUACCCUGACUCUGCUCUGGUCUGUGACUGUGUCCAUAUUUGCGAUUGGUGGCUUGGUGGGAACGCUGAUGGUGAAGAUGAUCGGAAAGUUUCUUGGGAGGAAGUCUACACUGCUGGUCAACAAUGGAUUUGCCAUUACUGCAGCGUUGCUGAUGGCCUGCUCACUCCAGGCAGGAACCUUUGAGAUGCUCAUUGUGGGACGGUUCAUCAUGGGCGUGGAUGGAGGCAUCGCACUCAGCGCGCUCCCCAUGUACCUCAAUGAGAUCUCACCCAAGGAGAUCCGGGGCUCUCUGGGCCAGGUGACUGCCAUCUUCAUCUGCAUUGGCGUGUUUUCUGGACAGUUGCUGGGCCUGCCGGAGUUGCUGGGAAAGGAGAGCACCUGGCCAUACCUGUUCGGAGUGAUCAUUGUCCCUGCCUUGGUCCAGCUGGCGAGCCUGCCAUUUCUCCCUGAGAGCCCACGCUACCUCCUCUUUGAAAAGCACGAUGAGGCAGGAGCCACGAAAGCCUUCCAAACAUUUCUGGGGAAAGAAGAUGUCUCCCAAGAGCUGGAAGAGGCCCUGGCUGAGAGCCGUGUGCAAAGGAACCUCCGCUUGGUGUCUGUGUUGGAGCUUCUGAGGGCGCCCUUUGUCCGCUGGCAGGUCAUCACUGUCAUCAUCACCAUGGCCAGCUACCAACUAUGUGGACUCAAUGCGAUCUGGUUCUACACCAAUAGCAUCUUUGGGAAAGCUGGGAUCCCUCAGGACAAGAUCCCAUACAUCACCCUAAGCACGGGAGGGAUUGAGACGCUGGCUGCUAUCUUCUCUGGCUUGGUCAUCGAGCGCUUAGGAAGGAGACCUCUCCUCAUUGGUGGCUUCGGGCUGAUGGCCCUCUUCUUUGGGACCCUCACUGUGACACUGACCCUGCAGGACCAAGCUCCCUGGGUCCCUUACCUAAGCAUUGUGUGCAUCUUGGCCAUCAUCGCCUCGUUCUGCAGUGGUCCAGGUGGGAUCCCAUUCAUCCUGACCGGAGAGUUCUUCCAACAGUCAGAGCGGCCGGCAGCCUUCAUUAUCGCAGGCACAGUCAACUGGCUCUCCAACUUCGUAGUAGGGCUCCUCUUCCCAUUCAUCCAGAAAAGCCUGGACUCCUACUGCUUCCUCGUCUUUGCCACAAUAUGUAUCGCCGGUGCUAUCUACUUCUAUUUUGUCCUCCCGGAGACCAAGAACAGAACCCAUGCAGAAAUCAGCCAGGCAUUCGCCAAGAGGAACAAGGCUCACCCCCCAGAGGUGAAGGCUGACUCAGCCAUGGCAGAGGAGAAGGCCAACAGCCAGACUGAGCCAGAUCCAUCCUCCACGCUGGACAGCUAUGGCAAAAACAAAAUUGUCUAAAUGUGUGUUCUUGCAACAGUAACCCAAGAUUUUCCAAACACUUACAAGGCUUCAGGUGACCCAAGCCAUGUGAGACUCUUAUACUGGGGAGUUAGGAAGAGACCUGUGGGAAUCGAACCUCACAGCUGCAUGUCCGAACUCCCCUGGAAGCAUUCCUAGGUUUGCCACACUCAGCAUACUAUACAGACCAAAAGCUAUCUUCCUCAUGACUGAGCCCAUAGUUUUGAAAUAAAGUUUGGGGAAAAGGAACAGGUUGCCUUCUUGUAGGAAAGCCAUCUGGGCACUCAUUGUACUAGGAAUGGCAGCCUGGGGCUUGUCUCAGCUGUGUUGUUGCUAAGCAACCCUGACCUCCUCUCAGCCUCUAGCCUCCAGGCCCCCAGACCUUGGAAGACAUUCUGAAUUCCAUGGGAAGAUUCUUUGUCCCACUAACCAACACCUGUUGCUGAUCUUUGGCUCUGCGCUGUGGACCUGAGGCUUAGGAACACUUCAUACCGACCCACCAUGCUGCUGAUCCUACCAAGAUAAUAGGCUCAGUCCUCAGCGCUCAAGGAUACCAGGCUGUCUUUAAUUCAGACUGUUACAAAGAGCACACAGAGGAUCAUCAAAGAGCACACAGAGGAUCAACAAAUCAUACGAAAAAGAACUUUGUGGUACCUGGGGGCAGAGACUGCAAGGUGGGCUCUGAGCACUGAGAAUGAUUCUGAGACUAAACCUAGGUUGGACGGGAAAGAACACUGAGAUUGACUGACGAUGUCUGUCCUGGAUGUAGGAAUGACAGCUUUAGUUCCUGAGCCUUGUGUUGGCAAGGUGAAGGAGAGUCAUCUUCAGAGGUAACAAAGUGGCUAGAAAGACACUCGGCAUCACUCCCAGUGCUCAGGUGAAGGCUGGGGCGGCGGGGAUCACCUGUCUCAACGGUUGUUUAGAAAGUCAAAGAGGUGGUUCUAAAGGAUGGUGUUUGAGUGGGCAUCUGGUUGGGGCAACUUGCAUUUUGUCAUGUUUGGCUGAAUCCCUUCUUCUGCCUCCGAAACAAAGUAUGUAUGACAAAUGUCAUAAGCAAGUGGCAGGUACUUCAGCUGACAUUGGCGGGUUUAAGUUUAGGAUGGCUCAGAGGGUAUGUGGUUCCUGGAGAGGAAAUCUCCAGAGCAGGCAACCCUGCUGUUUUCCUGAUGGUUGUGGACAAGGAGGGCCUUAACCCAAACCUGUGUUCUGACUUCUCCCUCCCCAUUGGACACUCUCCAUCUUGGGCCUCUUCUUGGUGCAUUCCCAGCUCUCUGUGAACCAUGCCAUCCAGCACUGGUUUGAACACAGUGUGUUGGUAUAGAGAAAAUGCAACAUAUAGAUUUGACAGGGGCCUGUCACCAAGGGAACCAAGUAAUUGCAAAACAGAAAUCAUAACAUUUGAAAGCUGCCAUUCACUUGGAGAUUUAAGUAUUAUGUCAAUAAAUAUUUAUUAGUCAAUCACUAUUCUGCCUUGACUGAGUACUGAAGACAGAUCCAUGGGCAAGGAAACACACGGCUCUGACCUUCACACUCUCAUGUCUGACAGAGAUGCACCAUCAAAGCACUAACGCAAAUACAUCAUAUGAACUCUGAAGACUUCUGUUCACACUCUGGUAUCCGCUGCAGAGACUUCUCUACAUAGGAAGCUGUUUCUUGUAUCCUAGAAGAAAAUGGAGAUCCAAAAGUCAGAGUCAGGUGCACCCUGAAGGCCUGUGGGCCAAAGUUUUUGCUGGGUAACCGUGGCCAUUUGUGCUCUACAUCCUUGCACGGUCACCAAGAGAAGCUUGGCUGUCAGUCUCACCCUCUGAUUCCCACACAAGCUCUAGGUGUGAGAACCUUGUCAAUCCAUUUCGUCUAUUUCCUUAUCUCAAGCAAAUGCAUACAGACCCCAGCACAGGCCCAACACAGUUCCCAGGCACAUACACAAGGAGACCUGAAAAAACAGAACAGAGACUUCCAAAUGAAACUGAAGUGGACUCACUACCCACAAAGACAGGGUCAUGUAUGGAGGUGCAUCUGAGGACAUUGCCCAUACAGGGCCAGAAGAAAGCAUGGGAUCCCUGGAUCUGGGUGGCAGGUGGUUGUAAGCCACUUAACAUGAAUGCUGGGAACCACACUGGGUCCUCUGAAAAAGUAAUACAUACUCUUAA